AUGUAUUGGGGGGAUAGUGCACCUUCUAUUGAUUUGUGUGAAAUGCAUGAUGAGUUAUCAGCAGAUAGGGAUUAUUUGGUUGAGGGUGAUCAGUGCGUUUUAAAUAUUAAUUUCGCAGAGAUGGAAAAACGUCAUCGUCUUCGAAUUGCUUUCGAAUGGGACGACGCUCAAGAUGGUAUUUCAUCAAAUAUUUUGCCAACAUGCCGUUUACUCUCACUGUUGACGACAUAUGUGGGUGAUACACUGAUAUUAGAAGAAGAGACAAGAGCUGAUGCUGAUAUUAUUUCUAUGCAAGAUGAUAAUGACAUAAUGAUUGUAGAAAAUGCAGAGGAUGAUGACGUUGUAUUAACUGAAUGGAAGUGUGCUGGCGGCGAUGAUGAUGAUAUAAUUUUUCUGGAAUACAAACCAGCAUCUAAACGUGCAGACAUUUGA